AUGUCCAAUGAUGGAGAUGAAAUUUACAUUGAUUAUGCACAAGGAAAACCAUAUAUGGAAUGCGAAAACCUGAGGCAAGCAACACACUCCAUCCAGUUGAAAAAAUCUGUUUCAUUUUACGGUUUCAAUGGGAAAGCUGAGAUUCGGUGCACGAAUUGGUACGACCUUUUUAUGAUAAAGAGCCCAAGUCUUAAUAAAACGCGAGUCAAAUUCCUCAAUUUAGUUAUAUCAAAUUCGAAAAGGGCGAUUCUGCUUGAUGUAGGAACCAGGUCGGAAUUAGUGUUUCAGAAUACGCUAGUCAAAAAUAACAUAUUUGGUAUACACAGCAAAUAUUCGAAUGACUCCUCCAUUCUAAUAACCAACUCAAGUUUUAAACAUAAUUCCCCUGGAGGAACAUUUCUACAAUGUCUUAAUAUCACCGCACAGAUUACGUUCAGUAUCUUCAAAUUAACUCCUGUGUUGUUUGCAAACAUUGGUAAUAAAACACCACGCUGGCAAAACAUAAGGGUCUGGGUUCGAAGUACAGUCGUGGACGGUGACAAUACUCAAAUGUGUAUCGAUAUGUUUGCGAUACAGCCGUUUGCAGCUACACUCAAUGUCGCAAUAACUGACUCACAAUUCAAAAAUCAUGUCGCGAAUUGCAAAUACAAAGAUAAAAUUUCUACCUUACACAUUCAUGGCAAUCAUUCAAAUAUUAUCCAAACACAUUCAAAUAUGAUAUUUCAUAUUUGA